CCAUCGCCGGCAUCCUGAAUCGUCCCCGCGCAGCAUCAGCAUCAGACACUCAACCCCUGCUCUUUUGUCCUCUCUGCCCUGCCCGCCUUUCGUCUUCCCACUUGCAGGCCGCAUCGUCAGCACCAUGGCGGACCGAUACAUCCCAGAGCAUCGCCGAACCCAGUUCAAGGCCAAGAACACGUUCAAGCCUGACGAGCUCCGUCGCCGCCGCGAGGAGCAGCAGGUCGAGAUCCGCAAGGCCAAGCGCGAGGAAAACCUAGCAAAGCGACGAGGCAUCGGCACUGGCGACAACCGCCCAGGCGCCUCUCUCGGCGCCGCCCCCGACAGCGACGAUGAGUCUGCCCCUACCGAGUCUCAGCUGAACGAGGAUCUUCCUCAGAUGGUUGCUGGCGUCUUCUCCGACCAGAUCGAUCAGCAAAUCCAGGCCACGACCAAGUUCCGAAAGCUUCUCUCCAAGGAGCGCAACCCUCCCAUCGAGGAGGUCAUCAAGACUGGCGUCGUCAGCCGCUUCGUCGAGUUCCUGCGAUCACCCCACACCCUGGUGCAGUUCGAAGCCGCCUGGGCCCUCACCAACAUCGCCUCCGGCUCGGCCACCCAGACCCAGGUCGUUAUCGAGGCCGGCGCCGUCCCCAUCUUCGUCGAGCUCCUUGGCAGCCCUGAACCCGAUGUGCGAGAACAAGCCGUUUGGGCUCUCGGCAACAUCGCCGGCGACAGCCCCCAUUGUCGCGACUACGUCCUGAGCUGCGGUGCCCUCAAGCCUCUGUUGGCCCUGCUCGGCGACAGCCGCAAGCUCAGCAUGCUUCGCAACGCAACCUGGACUCUGAGCAACUUCUGCCGUGGCAAGACCCCGCAGCCCGACUGGAACACGAUUGCGCCCGCUCUUCCCGUCCUGGCCAAGCUUGUCUACUCUCUUGAUGACGAAGUCUUGAUCGAUGCUUGCUGGGCCAUCUCGUACCUUUCCGACGGCUCCAACGACAAGAUCCAGGCCGUUAUCGAGGCCGGCAUCCCCCGCAGACUCGUCGAGCUUCUUCUGCACGCGUCCACCUCGGUGCAGACCCCCGCCCUUCGAUCUGUCGGCAACAUUGUGACGGGCGACGAUGUCCAGACCCAGGUCAUUAUCAACUGCGGCGCUCUCCCAUGCCUCUUGUCGCUCCUCAGCUCAACCAAGGACGGCAUCCGCAAGGAAGCCUGCUGGACCAUUUCCAACAUCACUGCCGGAAACUCGUCCCAGAUCCAGGCUGUGAUUGAUGCCAACAUCAUCCCUCCUCUGAUCCACCUUUUGCAAAACGGCGAUCUCAAGACUCGAAAGGAAGCCUGCUGGGCCAUAAGCAAUGCCACGUCUGGCGGACUUCAGAAGCCGGAGCAGAUCCGAUACCUCGUCUCUCAGGGCUGCAUCAAGCCCCUGUGUGACCUCCUUGCCUGCCCCGACAACAAGAUCAUUCAGGUUGCCCUCGACGGCCUCGAGAAUAUCCUCAAGAUAGGAGACUUGGAUAGACAGGCUGCAGGCGACGGCGCCGACUCCAUCAACCGCUAUGCGCUGUUCAUUGAGGAGUGCGGUGGCAUGGAGAAGAUCCACGACUGCCAGAACAAUGCCAACGAGGAGAUCUACAUGAAGGCGUACAACAUCAUCGAGAAGUACUUCUCCGACGAGGAGGAGAACGCAGACGAGGGCGCCGCCCAGCCCACCGGCGCCAACGGCACCUUUGGCUUCGGAACCAACGGUGCUGCGCAGUCUGGCGGCUUUAACUUUGCCAACGGAGGCGAUUCGAUGGACAUGUAAGAAGUCGGCGCUUUGUUGUCAUGAACUUUUACGACUUUCGGUGCUUGGAAUGCAUCACGCUGGAAGACUGCCGUGUUCCCACAGUUGGUUGCCAAUACCAAGAUUAUAACCCCCUCCCUCGCACACCCCCUCACAUUAUUGUCAUCAACACAAGCAGCAGACUACACUUUGUUUAUUCACAGCUCUGCUUAUAACCACUCCCCCCAAAAAAACCCAUUUGGCAACAACACACUAAACCCCCCCUAACCCCCUAAUUUGGCUUGGCAAUUUGUGCGAGGAGAGAAGAGAAAGAGAGAAGGAAGCAGAAUUGCCCAGCCGGAAAGCAGGCCCUAUGGUAGCUUGAAAGCUCCAGCCUGACAAAGGAAAAUGCCGCGAUUGAGGAUGGAGCAGUCCGAUUGAGUCUGAAGCAGGAAGAUAAUGGGCAAAAAGUUUUGAUGGACACGGGUCUAGAUGGCUAAUGCCAUUGAAGAGCAAGCAGGGAGGCCUGCUCGACCCUCCCCCCUUGUCAACUGCCUGCCCGCCUCGCCACCUGCCCGUGUAUGUCUGGAUCCGGCAGCCUGGUGGCAUGUAUCAAGGUGACACGGCAGAGAGGAGCCAGUGCCAGUGCAUUGUGCUUCUGUUGGAAGAGUCGUUGGAAGA